CGACAAAGAAGGUCAGAAAGCCGACGGGAAAACCACAGACACAUCCACCGACCCAACCAAUGGCCACAGAAAGAAGCCCACGGCACAAGACUCGGCACCCACACGCAGCAAACACAAACGCACACACAGCUCACACAAGGAAACGGGAGACGCCAAGCAGGCGGGUGGGGGUAGUACAGACGCUCUGAGGAUGUUGUCUCUGGGCGCUAACAUGAGUGGGGGUCACGGUAUGGUGGGAGAGGGGCUUUUGUGGGCGGCAUGUUCAUAG